GGUCCCGCCGAGUCCUCGCCUCCGAUCCCGCGCGUCCCCGGGGCGCUGCGCCCACUCCAGUCAUGGACCCCCGGCGCCGCGCCAGCCCAGGGGUCGCUGUCGCCUACUCCUGGCUCCUCUCCGGCUUCUGUGUGUCAUUCAAUGUUGAUGUGAAAAACUCAAUGACUUUCAGUGGCCCAGUGGAGGACAUGUUUGGAUAUACUGUUCAACAAUAUGAAAAUGAAGAAGGAAAAUGGGUGCUUAUUGGGUCUCCUUUAGUUGGGCAACCCAAGAAUAGAACUGGAGAUGUCUAUAAGUGUCCAGUUGGGCGAAGUGAAUCAUUACCUUGCAUAAAGUUGGAUCUCCCAGUUAAUACAUCAAUUCCCAACGUCACAGAAGUAAAGGAGAACAUGACAUUUGGAUCAACUUUAGUUACCAACCCAAAAGGAGGGUUUCUGGCAUGUGGGCCCUUGUAUGCCUAUCGAUGUGGACAUUUGCAUUACACAACUGGAAUCUGUUCUGAUGUCAGCCCCACAUUUCAAGUCGUGAACUCCAUUGCCCCAGUACAAGAAUGCAGCACUCAGCUAGACAUAGUCAUCGUGCUGGAUGGUUCUAACAGUAUUUACCCCUGGGAAAGUGUUACAGCUUUUUUAAAUGACCUUCUUAAAAGAAUGGAUAUUGGCCCUAAACAGACACAGGUUGGAAUUGUACAGUAUGGAGAAAAUGUAACUCAUGAGUUCAACCUCAAUAAGUACUCAUCAACAGAAGAGGUGCUUGUUGCAGCAAAAGGAAUAGUCCAGAGAGGCGGCCGGCAGACCAUGACAGCCCUUGGAAUAGACACAGCAAGGAAAGAGGCUUUCACUGAAGCCCGGGGUGCCCGAAGAGGGGUUAAAAAAGUCAUGGUAAUUGUGACGGAUGGAGAGUCCCAUGACAACCACCGGCUGAGUAAGGUCAUCCAGGACUGUGAGGAUGAAAGCAUUCAGCGGUUUUCCAUAGCUAUUCUUGGCAGCUAUAACCGAGGAAAUUUGAGCACUGAAAAAUUUGUGGAGGAAAUAAAAUCAAUAGCAAGUGAACCCACUGAAAAGCAUUUCUUCAAUGUCUCUGAUGAAUUGGCACUAGUCACUAUUGUUGAAGCUCUGGGAGAAAGAAUCUUUGCCCUGGAAGCUACAGUUGACCAAUCGGCAGCAUCCUUUGAGAUGGAAAUGUCUCAGACCGGCUUCAGUGCUCAUUAUUCACAGGACUGGGUCAUGCUUGGAGCAGUAGGAGCCUAUGAUUGGAAUGGAACAGUUGUCAUGCAGAAGGCUGAUCAAAGCGUGAUUCCCCAGAACACAACCUUUAAUGUUGAGUCCACAAAGAAGAAUGAACCUCUUGCUUCUUAUUUAGGUUACACAGUAAACUCUGCCACUAUUCCUGGAGAUGUGCUCUACAUUGCUGGACAGCCAAGGUACAAUCAUACAGGCCAGGUUAUCAUCUACAGGAUGGAGGGCAGAGACAUCAGGAUUCUCCAGACACUCAAUGGAGAACAGAUCGGUUCCUACUUUGGAAGUGUUUUAACGACAAUUGACAUUGAUAAAGAUUCUAAUACUGACAUUCUUCUAGUCGGGGCUCCCAUGUUCAUGGGAAGAGAGAAGGAAGAACAAGGAAAAGUGUAUGUCUACGCUCUGAAUCAGACAAGGUUUGAAUAUCAAAUGAGCCUGGAACCCAUUAAGCAGACUUGCUGUUCAUCCCUAAAGCACAACUCAUGCACAAAGGAAAACAAAAACGAGCCAUGUGGGGCUCGUUUUGGAACAGCUAUCGCUGCUGUGAAAGAUCUCAACCUCGAUGGAUUUAAUGACAUCGUGAUUGGAGCGCCCCUGGAAGAUGACCACGGAGGAGCCGUGUACAUUUAUCACGGAAGUGGCAAGACUAUAAGGGAAGAGUAUGCACAACGUAUUCCAUCAGGGGGAGAUGGCGAGACACUGAAAUUUUUUGGCCAGUCUAUUCACGGAGAAAUGGAUUUAAAUGGUGACGGUCUGACUGAUGUCACUAUUGGGGGCCUUGGUGGUGCUGCCCUCUUCUGGUCUCGAGAUGUGGCUGUUGUUAAAGUGACCAUGAAUUUUGAACCCAAUAAAGUGAAUAUUCAAAAGAAAAACUGCCGUGUGGAGGGAAAGGAAACAGUGUGUAUAAAUGCCACGGUGUGUUUCAAUGUGAAAUUGAAGUCCAAAGAAAACAUGGUUUAUGAAGCUGAUAUGCAGUACCGUGUCACAUUAGAUUCUCUAAGACAGAUAUCACGGAGUUUUUUCUCUGGAACUCAAGAGAGGAAGUUUCAAAGAAACAUCACAGUUCGAGAGUCAGAAUGCACUAAGCAUUCCUUCUACAUGUUGGACAAGCAUGACUUUCGGGACUCUGUGAGAAUAACUUUGGAUUUUAAUCUUACCGAUCCAGAAAAUGGGCCUGUUCUUGAUGAUUCUCUACCAAAUUCAGUACAUGAAUAUAUUCCCUUUGCCAAAGAUUGUGGAAACAAGGAAAAAUGUGUCUCAGACCUUGCCUUGGAUGUAUCCACCACAGAAAAGGGCCUGCUUAUUGUCAAGUCCCACAAUGAUAAGUUCAAUGUUAGCCUCACGGUCAAAAAUAAAAAGGACAGUGCCUAUAACACCAGAACCAUAGUGAAUUAUUCUCCAAAUCUAAUUUUUUCAGGAAUUGAGGCUAUCCAAAAAGACAGUUGUGAAUCCAAUCAUAAUAUCACAUGUAAAGUUGGCUAUCCUUUCCUAAGAAAAGGAGAAAUGGUAACAUUCAAAAUAUUAUUUCAGUUUAACACAUCUUAUCUCAUGGAAAAUGUGAUCAUUCAUUUAAGUGCAACAAGUGACAGUGAAGAGCCGCCUGAAACCCUUUUUGAUAAUGAAGUGAACAUUUCUAUCCCUGUAAAGUAUGAAGUUGGACUACAGUUUUCCAGCUCUGCAAGUGAAUACCAUAUUUCAAUUGCGGCCAAUGAGACUGUCCCUGAAGUUAUUAAUUCUACUGAGGACCUUGGAAAUGAAAUUGAUAUCUUCUACUUGAUUAGAAAAAGUGGGCAUUUUCCAAUGCCAGAACUUAAACUGUCAAUUUCAUUUCCCAAUGUGACAUCGGAUGGUUUUCCUGUACUGUACCCAAGUGGAUGGUCGUCUUCCGAGAAUGUCAACUGCAUACCCAGUAACCUUCAGGAUCCUUUUGGUAUCCACACUGGGAAGAAAAUAAUGAUAUCCAAAUCUGAAGAUAUCAAACGAGGCACCAUUCUGGAUUGCAGUGCAUGUAAAUUUGCCACCAUCACAUGUAAUCUGAUUCCGUCUGACACGAGCCAAGUGAAUGUUUCACUUAUCUUAUGGAAACCAACUUUUAUAAAAGCACAUUUUUCCAGCUUAAAUCUUACUGUAAGGGCAGAACUUCAGAGUGAAAAUACAUCACUAGUUUUAAGUGCUGGCAAUCAAAAAAGAGAGCUUGCUAUCCAAAUAUCCAAAGAUGGGCUACCAGGCAGAGUGCCACUGUGGGUUAUCCUGUUGAGUGCUUUUGCUGGAUUAUUGCUAUUAAUGUUGCUCAUAUUAGCGCUGUGGAAGAUCGGAUUCUUCAAAAGACCACUAAAGAAGAAAAUGGAGAAGUGAAAUAUUUGGAAGAGAAGAAGUAAUUAUUCAAUAAUCUAUCCUCAGGUUUGCCUCAAAUAUGUGACAAGAAAUUAAUAAAUACAAUCAAAGACAUAGUCACAUAACUUUAUGUAAUCCAUCAGGGAUUAGUCACUUAGAAAAUAACAGAUCAAGCAAGAUCCAAAAACAGUACCGUAAAGAUAUAUUUUAUAAAAUGUUGAAAAAUAUUUUAAAAUAAUUACUCAUUUUUGUUGAGUAAGCAAAAUUACAAAGUGUUUUGAAGAUGAAAAAUAACCUGUACAAAUAUGUUUAUAUAUUAAAUCACCAAAGUAUUUAAGGAAUACAGAAAAAGAUUUUUAUGAUCAUUGAAGCAUUUACUUUCAAAAUAAUAUAAAUUAAGCUUUUUCCAUUGAUUCCUGAUGGAUAUCCACAUUCAGCAUGAUAGUCAACAUCUGUGAAUGCAAAGAAAGGAAUUUUACCUGAAAAAGAUCACUUCCCCUCAUUUAAAUAAGAAAAAUUUUCCUAUAUACAGUAUGGACUGAAAAUAGAAUCAAAUCACAGAGAAUACAGUCAGCAUCUUUGUGUUGGGUUCUGUGCUUGGAAAAUUUUCUUUCCAAAGUGUUUGUAAACUAGUACAAUUGAGCUGAAAUUUUAUCUAGGAGAGAAAAAUCAAGAAAGACUUGUUGAAAAGCAAGUGCACUGAAUGGAUUAAUUUAAGCUUUUAUAGAACACACUUAAUUUUGAUAUUGAACUCUGAAACUCAAAACUCUUUUAUACUAAAAAUAACAGCAGUUUUAUGUGACAUGGCACUGAUUUGUGAUAAAAAAUCAUGUGUGCAGUAUAUGCAAAAAUGAUUUCUGAUAAUGUUGAUGGAUGCUGCAGAAAUGCUGGUCAUCUUUGCUGGGCAGCUUUCAAACAUGAAGGGUCCCAGGAUGUAACCCACAGUAAGAGUUGAUUCAACUCUUUGGUACAUGGUUCAUUCAAACCCUCAAGCUGUGAGAGUAUGUUUAUUUUUCAUCUUUGUAAAGGUAUUUAAUUUUCCAAACACAAUUCUUUCUAUGAAGAGGCAGUAUUUCAUUUCAGUAUUGCAUUUUACCAACAAGCCACUGCUUUUUAAAUGUGGCAUAUCAAUAUUUAAAUAUGUCUCCAGAAAUGCAUUUUAAAGAAUUUCAAGUUUGAAACCUCAUACCAACAGAAAGACAUCACACUUUUGUAAGAGCUUCUUUGUUCUUGAAGUAAUCAUUAUGGUGCAUCGGACUCUACUGUAGCAUAAGUUCCUAGGUUGCUCCAUUUCUUGGAAAAAAAACACAACAAUGAAUGAAUGUAUAUGUAAACUACUGCUGUAAAAUUUGCUGCUACUUAUGCAGCAACUCCAUCUCUCUACCUGACUGACUGUCACAAGAUCAGAAUCCAUCCUCAUCUAGAAAAUCCUGGGCUCUACUUUUCUCAAAAAGCAGCAAAUCAAUGGAAAAUAAUCAAAUGCCAUGGAUUUCUUUUUUAAAAAACUAAUUUCCAGGGAAUUGUCUGUGGACUCAGAGGCAGCCUACCUCAUGGCUCUCUACAUCUGCACCUAAUAUCCUGAUGGUCAAAGACAGGCACCUGGGGAGUGCUGAGGACAUCAGUGGCUAAAAGAAAGGCUGUCUUUCCGGAGAUUUCGUAUCCUCUUGCUGGCCUGUCAUUUGUUCAGAAAUGUCCCAUUUUAGAAUUUUCUUCAUUCCCACCAUCUGUCUCCAGGUUCCAAAAUCAUUCUUUCCACCUGUCCUUUGCUCAACCAAGCAUCUCUCAUAUUCGGAGUCAUCACAGUGCACAGCCCGCUUAGCAGCUCUGCUCCAAGCUCAGCACAUUCUUAGAAAUAAAUCUGAUAGAUAAAAAAUUUUCUUAAUUAACACUUGUUCUCUGACUCCUAGAUAAAGCAUUCACUGAAUCAGGAGUAUGCAGAUUUCAACGAAAUAUAUUGUUAACCCAAAGGGGAAAAAUAGAAAAGAUGACAUUUUGAACAUAUUAGAAAAGAGGGGAAGAGGUAUUUGGCCAGAUCAAAUAGCUACUUAUAAGCUCUACACAGUUUUAAACAUAAGUCAUUCAUGGUUUUUAAGUAGACUGUUAAAUGAGCCAGAUAUCCUGUUUCCCUAAUAAUGUAAUCUUUUGAGGUUUAUGUGUGUAUGUGUCUAUGCAUCGGUGCACGUAGGUGUUAUAAACACACAUGCACGCACGCACACACACGCAUGCAUGCAUACCCAGACACAAAUUGAAGAAAAAAUACCUCAACACCAAGUGACAGUUUACAAGAAAUAAACACACAAAAGCUACACCACAGGAGAAGUUUGAUUCAUCCACUUUGCAUAUUCUUUUCACUUUCUUUAAUAUUUAACUUUAGCAUAUAGUUAUGUAAUAUCUAGAUAUCAUAAAUGUAGAAGCUUUGGCUAAAAUAAUGUCAACAGUUGUCCCAAAUUAACUUUGUACAGAUGUUCUAAAAUAUAGUCAAUGAUUAGGAAAUAUAUAAAAUGCUAUUAUUUUAAAACCGUUAAUAAGAAAAGUGAUACAAUUAUGAACUUUUAUUGGUUAAAUUAAAUUGCAAAAAAACUUCCUUUUUUAACUUUGGUAUUUUUAAAAAUUAAUUGUUGCUUUUGCUAUAGACUGAACUAUGUAAGAAGUCCCUUUCCAUACCAAACCUAUAGUGGUAUUCUGGUAAAUUGUUUAAUAGCUGACUUUCCAGGAGGAAAAAAAAAAUCCCUGAUUUAUGUCAUUAGCCAAAACAAUCUAAAUUGUUUUGUCAUGGCCAUUUUCAAGCUACUAACAUAACCCUAACCAGCUUGUAGAAUUCCUGAAAAUAUAAAUGUCAGCUCUCCUGUAUCAGUAUGAGAUGGCUUCAGCACACCAUUGAGAUAGACUAUGCGUGUGCUAAGUCACUUAGUCAUGUCCAACUCUUUGCAACCCCGUGGACUGUAGCCCGCCAGGCUCCUCUGUCCAUGGGCUUCUCCAGGCAAGAAUACUGGAGUGGGUUGCCACUUCCUUCUCCAGGGGAUCUUCCCGACCCAGAUUAGAUGACAAUGAUAUAGAUGAUAGACGGAUAUGAUAGAUAAAUAAAAAUAUAGCAUGUAUAUAUAUACAUAUACAAACAUGCACAAUACAAUCAGAUUUCAGAUUAUUCUUAAAAUGCUACCCUCAAGCCCAGUAGACAAAGUGCUACACAGUUUCCUAUUUUUCCAUCUUAAUUUCUAACACUGUAAUCUUCCUUUAACAUUAAUAAAAUGAUACAAACUUGCUGGAAAAGGAAGGAGUUGAAAGUAAAAAUAUAUAUAAUUUUGAAGAAAUUUAAUGAAAAUCAGACCUACACAGCUGCAAAGACGCUGUUUCACUUUCUCUAGGAAUCCAGAGCCCGGGAGCCAUACCGUGAAAAGUCAUUCUCUGUAAAUAUUUGUAAUUUCUAUGAUUCAGUUUGAACUUCAGUGAUCCAGUUUAUUCAGUUAUUUUCUCCAAGCCCUAGAUUCUCGGGCAAUUUAAUCUUUGAAUAUUUUCUAUGUCAUAACUGGGUUUGAAAUGAGGUUUGUGGGAGGACAUACUUUUAUAAAAUUUGACAUUUAUUCAACUAUAGUAAUUUAUAAUUUUACCUUUUAUAAAACCAAUACCUAGGCUUAAUUGGGAAACAAAUAUUUGCACCAAAGCAAGAGGCGGUUGCAGAAUGCUCGAGUUAAGUUGGGUGGGAGGAGAGGCUGAGGGAAGAGCUGGUGCCUUCUCUGCAGGCGGCCCCGGAAGGACCACAGUUUACAGCGUGUGCCCGCCGGCGCUUUCCUACCAGAUGUCCUCUUGGCCAAACAUGUUGUAAUCUGCUCCUUGUGAAUCAGCUGUCUUUUCUUCACACAACACUGAGAAAACUAGGGAAGACUCAGGCUCAGAGCAUGGUUCCUGUGUCCAGGACAGCCACAGUAUUCUUCAAAUAGAGAGGCUUCCGGGCAAAUCAGUCUUUUAGAACUAGUAUCCUAUGUAUCCUUCGUUGAUUUUCAGCACUUCUGAAGUCUCCCUCUAUUAGUCUUCUCCCCAAGGGACACUUUUGAGAAGACUCCUAGAGAAAAAUCUGUUUAAAAUGUGUGCUCUGUUUGCUGUGAAUACCAGCUGCUUUGACUUGAUCACUUACACAGGAUGUCAGUUCUACCUUCUUCUGUAGCAAUCUAAAUGGUUGGUACAGUAAAUGGAAUAGGAGCAAGAUGAAAGGCACUUCAGAGAUGGAGCAUCUUUAAAGCAUUUACAAACCAUUAUUGGGACACUAUCAGCAGUGUGGGGCUGGCAGGAUUUAGCCCUUCUGUGGGUCUCUAUCAGCACCCCCUAAUCCCCAUCCUCAUCCAUGGAAAUUACAAUAUAAUCUAAAAUCAAAAAGAGGAGCUUUAAAACCCUCAAAAUGAUGCUACUACUUUUUAAUUAAAAUAUACAAGUUAACUGUAAACAGCAGGCAUUUUAAUGCAAAUACAACUGUAAGGUGAAUCCCCUGGGCAACAGGAUUCUAACCAGCUUGCUGUCCCUGAUCACUUCCUACCCAGAAAUUCUGAAACCACCACUGGAAAUGAACUCUGCAGUGCAUUACAGAAGGCUGAAGCCUACCAUUUCUGAAUGGAAGCACUGUUGUGCAACAUCUUAAGUACAACAGUAGAAAGAGAGUUAAAAUCCAACAUUAUAAUCUGGUGAAAGAGUCAGUAUUUUUGAUCCUCGUAUUAAAGUUCAACCUUGAGUUUAGCAAUUCCAAGCAACAGCCUUUGACCAUCAGCCUUGAGGGAAAGUAAAGGAGUGUGUGGAGGCUCUUCAGUCUCCAGCCCAUUGUCCCCACAACAUGUGGUGCCCGGGACAUCCAGUUCUUAAACCUGAACUCCCAAAUCCACUACAUCCCAGGAUCAGCCCUCCCACAAAAAAUAUACACAUAAGGACAUGCUGAAGUUUUACCAUUCCAAGAAAUAUAUCAAUACAAGGAUGAGUUAUCACUUCUAAUGUUGGGCUCUUUGCUUUGAGAUCAGCUUUUUCUUUCCUUUCAAAAUACAUUAAAGCCUUUCUUCCAUAGCUAAUAAGUUCAGAACAUUACACAGGACUUCCUUGCAUUUUCCCUCCAUCACAGGGUAGAGAAUUUCAAUGUCAUGAUGACUGGGCAGUAGGACCGAGGGGCCAUUUGCAGGAUCUCUCUGCUUUCUGCCCUCCAGGAGGCUUCUUCUCAUCUGUACAGUGGGGAUGUUUGGUUUUAAUCUGGGUCUUCUUGGAAAGGCCAUUUGAAGCCUGGUGCCCCUUGCAAGGCCUUGAGGAUUGGAUGUUCCUUAUUGGUGAAUUGAGUCUUGGAAAUCCUCUAAUUAUCUGACACACCAUGGAAAUCAUGGCAAUACUGGGCGGGUACCAGGAACACUGAUAACUAUGAUUGUGUUUGAUGUUACCAUAUUUCAAAUCACAUCUUGAUGAAAAAAGAGUAAGUCUGGAAUUUCAGGAGCUUUUGUGCAAGAGACUGAGACUCAGCAUUUAAUCUUUUAUUUCAGUUUGAUCUGUGCAAAGAGACUGGGAACCAAACUUUUAAAAGAAAUAUUCUAAAUGAUAGGAUGAAAGCCAGAAUUCAACAGUCACAUACUGACAGUCCCUGUCCCCAACUCUGUUUUCAAGAGAUGGAAAGAGGAUUGGAUGGGGAAGAGUGAGUGGUAUAAUUGUUUCUUUCUGCUACAGAGUAGCCAAGCAGUAGAGGGUCACCACACAGCACAAUAAUGGUGGCUUUCUGAGAGAUCUUAGCAUCACUGGUCCAACGAUAGGUGAGUCUUCCUGCCAUGUCCCUGAGACAUCUUGCAUUUUGAGAGACAGAAAAAAAAUGUGGGGGAGGGGCUAAAGCGAUUUAUCUUUUAUGUACACACCAUUAUUCCUCAAAAUACUGUAAGCAUUUUUAGCCCACAUCAUACCUGGCCACAAUACUAACACAUGUACUUCACACAAGUAAAUUGUUGAUUAAAUAAGAGUAAAAGUAUAUUCUUACCUGUCUGUUAACUAGGGUUAAUUUCCUGAAGUUUAACACGCUUUGGCUCAAGUAAAAACAUCAUUUGAAGCAGCAACAGCUCAGAUCUUCUUCAUUCUAGAACCAUUUCACACAGUACAUCCCAAUACUUGGUAUUUAAUUGAGAGACACCCCUGCCUUUAUUCAAGAUGUAACAGCCACCCUCUGUGUUCCUUAUGAGGGAACACUGGCCUGAAGCGAGAAUGAUGUACUGUGUGUUACUAGCGUCAGGUUGUAAAAUUGUUGACAGACAGUGUAAAAAAAAAGUGUCCAUUUUAUUAAAAAGAAAAACAUUGUAUAUAAUAACUAUUGCCCUGAAACAUGUAUCAUACUCACUCUAAUAAACUUUUCUGCAUGGUCUAACAUGAAGUAUAUUCACUGCUUGUCUAUUUGCCUCAGAAUAAACUCAUUAAAAUGAACAGCUUAAGGGUGCAUGCAAAUGACUUUUAUUGGACCAGCUUGUUAGAAGAAAAUAUUUUGAUUGCAUUCAAGAACAAAGAAGCACUAACUCUGUUGAUUCUAGUCAUUUAUUAAGUGCCUGAUUUCAAUACAUGUUAAAAAAGAAAUUGGUUAUCAGGUAACAAUGAUUUAAGAUGACAUGAUUAGAAACAGCUGAGAAACCAAAAAUCUAUUGUGAAUGUCCUAUGUGUGGUGCAUCCUGUACACUGAUUUGAGGUCAGAAGUUUGGUAUUUUUGUAUAAUUCUAUCUUAUCUUGUGCAUCAGCUGUGUAUUUUACGUCAAGGUAAAUGAGCAUCCUGUCUUAUAUGUUAAUAAAAAAAAAAUGACUCUUUCAAAGAAAAA